UUCAACGGAAUAUGCAGUCGCAUUUACGUUACGCUAAUACGCAGGUUUGAAUUUAUAUUUAGCUUUCGUUAUCCGGCGUUGCGGUUAAGCGUAAUAAACAUUUUCAAGACGAAUUCAAGUGUCACUACUCACUGAGUAAUUGAAAUGUCUCCGUCGCAAUGGACUGUGUUAUUGGUCGGCUUGAUGGUGAUCGUCUGCCAGCUCAGUUUUGGUCAGAGGGUUAUCGAGAAUAAGCAGCGAACGUUUGAAAUCGACUUCGAUAACAACACUUUCCUGAAGGACGGAGAACCCUUCCAGUAUGUGGCUGGUUCUUUUCACUAUUUUCGUGCCCUUCCGCAGUCCUGGAGCCGAAUAUUGCGAUUGAUGCGAGCCGCCGGUUUGAAUGCUAUUACAACGUAUGUAGAAUGGUCGCUGCACAAUCCGAAGGAGGGUGUCUAUAACUGGCAAGGGAUUGCCGAUAUCGAACAAUUCAUCCAAUUAGCACAGGAAGAGGAUUUACUGGUAAUACUUCGACCUGGACCGUACAUCUGCGCGGAAAGAGAUAUGGGGGGAUUCCCCUACUGGCUGCUGCACAAGAAUCCCGGUAUUCAACUCAGAACCGGUGACGUAGCAUAUUUACACGAGGUACGCACUUGGUAUGCUGAAUUGUUUUCACGGCUUGAGCCAUACCUCUACGGAAACGGAGGCCCAAUAAUUAUGGUACAGGUGGAAAAUGAGUACGGUUCGUUUUUUGCCUGUGACCACAAAUACAUGGAAUGGCUGCGGGAUGAAACAGAAAGAUACGUUAGAGGCCAUGCCGUACUUUUCACGAACAAUGGUCCAGGACUCACCGUUUGUGGAGGAGUAGAAGGAACUUUGAGUACGCUAGAUUUCGGCCCCGGAACUACCGAAGAAAUUAACGGUUAUUGGGAUGAUCUUCGCAAGCAUCAACCAAAAGGACCACUAGUGAAUGCCGAAUACUACCCUGGAUGGUUAACACAUUGGCAAGAGCAAGAAAUGGCACGAGUUCCAAUAGAUCCUAUCACAACAUCAUUGAGAGAAAUGUUGGCAGAUAAAGUAAACGUUAACAUAUAUAUGUUUUACGGAGGCACAAAUUUCGGUUUCACAGCGGGAGCGAAUGAAAUGGGCCCUGGUUUGUACACCCCGGACAUAACAUCGUACGACUAUGAUGCUCCUUUAGACGAGGCUGGGGAUCCAACGCCCAAAUAUGCAGCUAUCAAGCAAGUUAUAUCGGAGUUUUUUCCCAUUCCGGACGUUCCUGUUCCAACACCCGAAUGCAAAAUUUCGAUACCAUGGGUUACGUUGGAUCCGAUCGAUAGUGUAUUGAAUAGACACGUGCUGCGUGCGAUCGCUACUCCAAAAAUAACCAACGCCACUCCUUUGUCGUUCGAAGCCCUGAAUCAAUACUCUGGAUUAGUGCUGUAUGAAGCACCCCUCCCCAAAAACUUGAACACUGAUCCAAUGAAGCUAACCGUAGAGAAGCUUCAUGACAAGGGAUACGUCUUCGUGGAUUCGCUAUUUAUUGGAACGCUGUCUAGGCAAAACAGUAUUAAUUCUCUCCCGGUACCACUGGGGAUAGGAGAAAUGCUGCAAAUUAUCGUAGAAAAUGAAGGUCGGAUCAAUUUCGGCACCCCCAACGAUUUCAAAGGCAUACUGGGUAAUGUGUUUAUUAACACGCAUGUGAUCCGUAACUGGACCAUGACUGGAAUCCCGCUGGAUAACAUAGGAAAAAUUAGCAGUUUUAUCCACAACAAACUACAGGAAAACGGACGUCAUCCAAUGAAACAGUUGAAACUACUGCGGGGUCUACCGAUACAACGAGGACCUACGCUAUUCCACGGAACGUUCAACCUCAGCCGCACAGAACUUUGCGAUACGUACCUGAACCCGACCGGCUGGGGCAAGGGUGUCGCCUUCGUCAAUGGAUUUAACCUAGGACGAUACUGGCCUCUGGUGGGACCCCAAAUUACACUGUACGUACCGCGGCACGUACUGAAGGAAAACACGAACGAGAUUAUUCUAGUGGAAUUUCAAAUGGUCAAAAAACCGUUCGCUACCGUACAGUUCGACAGUUUUCCAACGUUUCAUUAGGUGAACUUUUUCGUCUUAAUUUACCCCGGUAAGACGUGCUCCAUUUGAACCAUAAUCAGAUUAUGAUACUUGUAGGGGAAUCAACGGUGAAACUGAGAAAUAU